AUAUUGUAAAUGAAGAAGUUAUUGCUAUUGGAUUUGUGACACCAUUAAUUAAUGAAAUCAAUAAUCAUAAUAUUAUAAUUAGUGAAAUUUAUCUUGAUGCUACUUACAAGACAUCAAAAGGCUGA